UUGUCUCGCGUUGACAGCCUCUUCCAUUUGGCAAAAAAAAAAGGUGCUUUGCUCCCUUUGCAGACUGGCCUUCAGCAGGAGAAGCCAAAGCCCUGCUCUUGCGGGCCCGGAGCCGGCUCCGCCCCGAGGCAGCGCCGGGCUGUCCCCGGCGGGAGUCCCGCACGUGCGGCCGGCUCCUCCCCGCGCCACGUGCUCGCCCGCAUGGACCCGCCGGCUCCGAGUAGCAGCAAGAAAACUGACCCAGGGGCUGUCUGUUAUUUUGCUGCAGCUGCUGGGCAAAACUGUCAAGGAACGAAUCAAAAUGAAAGUGAAAAUCUCGACUUACGCAGGUGGUUCAGAUCCUUACAUUUCCAGGAAACCAGUGAGGUAACAGCUGAUGGAAGUGACUUUUCCUGUCAGGAGGCAGCUCUUUUGAAAGGAAGGAAGACCACAAAUUGGUGGCCUCCAAAAGACAUUCCUGAUGGUGAAUCUCAACAGAGUGGAUUCCCCGGUAUCUCUUCCUGUCAAAAUGAUACCGCUGGUUUGACUACAGACAUGUCUGGAUCUUCUGCCGAAAGCACCGGUGACUCUGACGAUCAGAAUGACCUUCAGGAAUGGGAGCUGGAUACUGAAGUUAGCAGCGUGCCUGUUGCUGCAUGGUUUCCUGAGCUGAAAACUGACCCCAAGUAUGAGGAAGAGGAUUGGGAUAAAGAGCUGGAGGAUUCCAAAUGUAACCCGUAUGAAAGAAUGCUGGGUCUUGACGUGAUGGGCCACCCUGCUGCGCCGAUACGACUAUGAAGAGUUUUAGGGAGAAGUCAGUGGGACUUUGAAUAAAUCUUUUCUUUCCCUGGGAGGAAAACAUUGAUCAAAAAUAGAUGUUGUAUUACCUCCUGGGCCAAUCAGUGUGCGCCAUCCAAGCACGCUGUUAUUGCUGCUGGUGUUCCAGGGGUGCCAGGGACUCGCCGAGGGGGGAUGUACAGUGUUUCCGUCAUCCUGCCAAGCUUCCUCUGGAAGAGCCAAGAUUGCUGACAUGAGCAGAAGCUUGACCUGCAGAGAACGGUGCCAAGUAAUGUCUGCAAUGUGCUUUACACAAGGGUGUGCUAACCUCGGCAUUUUUCCCUAGCUAGAUCAUUCCCACAAAAACAACUUUCUCUCUUGUAGAUAUAGAGAGCUGGGUUUCCAAGCUCCGAUUUUAUCAAACAUGCCAGGUAGAAACGGUUUUGCAUCUCUACAACCUUAAAACAUAUCCAUUUCCAUUCAAACUGCAUAAAUUUAUAACAGUGGAGCCUUUCCUUUUGGGGGCAUGGGGAUGUGCAUGAUAAAUCUUGUGGCAAGCAGAGUGCAGUGUGUCAUAGCAUCGUUAUAUAUGACAAUUCACAGAUCAAACCUCAGCAAGAAGAUUUAUUGCCUGGAUUUGCUUAUCAUGAGUUUGGCCUAAAAUAUGGCUGGAGACAAUUUAAAAAGAGACAAAAAUAAAAGCAAAAUGCAUUAUUGGAUUAAUGGUAUAGAAAGACUCUUGGAAUGGCUUAUUUUAUAACCUUUCUUUAUGUAGUUUCUUUUAAAUGAGUUUAUAUAUAAAUCAUCGUUCCACGUACAGUAAAACAGGAGGACACUAUCAGAAGUUCUGCAUCUUUGCAGUUGGGAAGGAGCUGAUCUUAUAGCAAGGGGGUUGUUAGGAUUUGUAACUGUGCCACUGACUUGCUAUGGGACCAUAGGAAAAACACGUAAUUGCUGCGUGCCUCAGUUUCUCCACUGUAGAAACAGGGAUCUCAACAACAUAAUACAUAGUUCACAGGCAUGAUGCAAAGCUUCAUUUGUGUAAUGUAUUUUCCAGAUUUCCCCAGUGACAAUGAGAAAGUGUAAAAAACUUCUAAUAAUAAAUCUUGCUUAUAGGCACUCUUCUCUUUGCUGUCCACAUUUUAAGGCAAAAGGGACCUGUAAGAGAAAUGGCACUAACAGUUUAUUCAGAAUACCUCUCAAAAUCUGACUUGUUUCACCUUCAUACAUUCACAUGAUAAGUGGGAGACUUUUUACUUCGGAGUUACACUGUUAACUUGGUCACUUGACUGCACAUAAAAUCAGAUGCAAAAGUUGCUUAGUAAUGAUUACGAUCCUACACCUAGUGUAGCAAUUCUCUCAGAACAGCACUUUAUUAAUGAGCUGUGGAAAGUAUGUGCCCUGUGUCUGUACACAAUCAAGCCUUAUAGUGAAAACACUGGUGGAACUCGAGAUCUGACUCUGCCACAGACUUCCUGUAUGACCGUAAGCAAAUCACUUAAUCUAGCUGUGCCUCAAUUUUUCCACCUGCAAGAUGGGGAUAAUGAUACAUCCUGUUCACAGAGGGUUUGUGAGGAUGAACUCAUUAAUGUUAGUGAGGUGUUUGCAGACGUAUCCAGAUGUAUCCUGCUCCCACUGAAGUUAAUGGAAGACUUCCUAUUGACUUAAUAAGAAUAGAAGCUGUUACAAAUACUAGUUUUUUGGGAUCAGCUCCCACCUCCCUCCACCCUUAUAGUAUCAGUGCACAGAUGCAUUUCCUGUGGUAUUUAGGACAUGAAAUGUACUUCUGGCGCUACAUGGCAGAGGCUUGUUCUGUCUUAUUGCAUAUAUAGUUUUGGGAUACCAAGGAGGACUGACAGCACUCGAUCUGUGCCUGCGAGUAUCCUGUGAGUCCUCCUCUCCCGUGCAGGAAGUAGGGCUAUACCAGUUUGUCCCGCUGUCUUCACCCAUUGCUGGGGAGGGAUUCAAACUUCUGAUUUAGGACCCUAGGAGGCUUUAUUCACCUCCAGCUUAUGAUCAUUUCUGCUGUCACUGUCCAGUGUACAGGCCAUUUCUUGUCUAUAGCAUCUAUGGUAGAGCAAGGGACGGUAGUUAAUAUGACGUGGUAGUUGAACGCUGCAGCCCCGGACGUGGGCACAGCUGGCUGAAAAGGGGCCCUAGCAAAGACUUCCGAGGAAUGUGCUGAGUGAGGCGGGGGGAAAUUUCCUGAGCAAAUGGCUUAUUUGCUGAACUGUGCAGCCCAACCGAGACAAAAAUGAAAACAACGUUCAAAAGAAGGCAAACUUUUGUUUUGCGACUUUCUAAAUGAGCUGCUUUGACGACUUGUUUUGAAAACGGCAUUUCAUUAAAUUCUUAAGAGGCGCAGAUGAAGCUUAAAGAAAAUAUAACAAAUGAGUUUGUUUUCAUUUUUGUUUCUUUUUCCCUCCCGUAAAUUUUUGAUUUGGGUUAUGCCACAAUCCGGGGGGGGAUUGUUUCUGUUCUGUUUGGCUCCUGAAGCAAAAAAUAAAAUUAAAAUCAAUGUAUUUGCACACUUCUGAUGCAGAGUGGGUUUCCAGUUAUUUCCCACUGGUACCAUGUCAGGCCAUUCACUUUCCCCAGGGUUUGUGUCAUAAAUGUUCCUAAGCCUUGCAUAGGCCCUCAGGUAAUAGAGGCCUGUUUUACCAGCUAAGUGUAUGUAUGUCUAUUAGACAGGCUUGGUUUGAACCAGGGUGCAAAUUAAGUGGAAACUUGGGGGGGGGGGGGGUUCAGCCCCCCC